AUGUGGGUUCGGCCCUGGCUUGCUGAGAUCCUGAAGUUGCCCAACUGCUCGGCAUUGUUGACGGUUAAAUUGUUUGUCACUCGCGAGCUCAUUCAGCAACGGCACCUGCCCAGCCCGGAUAUUUCCAACUCCGAAACCGUCAUUUCUUACUUUUACAAGCGACCCGACAUCAUGAAGCUUUUACAAGAGGAGGUUGAGAACCAGAUCGGCGCUAUGUUUGUAAUGGUAUGUGGGCCAGGAGGCUUGUCAGACGACGCCAGAGCCGCUGUUCGACAAUGUCAACGUUCCGGUCACGAGGUCUGCUUUGAGGAGAACUGCUUCAGCUGGUGGUGGCGAAUAAGGGGUCUUUUUUAA